AUGUCGUUGCUUGUUUUUCUUUGCCAAGUUCUAGCAUUAUCGUUCUUGUUCUUCUUCUCUGAACUAUGUCUCGCCGGGAAAACUAUACCGGCUAGUUUUGUGUUCGGAGAUUCAUUAGUCGAUGCAGGAAAUAACAACUAUUUAGCUACAUUGUCAAAGGCUAAUUAUGAUCCUAAUGGAAUUGAUUUUGGAUCGCCUACCGGAAGAUUCACCAACGGAAGAACAAUCGUCGAUAUCAUAUUUCAAGCAUUGGGUUCGGAGGAACUCACACCACCGUAUUUAGCACCAACAACAAGAGGAUCUAUCAUUCUCAACGGCGUUAAUUAUGCUUCCGGAGGGGGUGGAAUCCUCAAUGCCACCGGAAAAUUAUUCGGAGAGCGAAUAAAUUUUGAUGCUCAAAUAGACAACUUUGAAACCACUAGACAAGAGAUCAUUUCUUGGACCGGUGAAUCCGCGGCGGCAAAAUUAUUCCGGUCAGCAAUUUUCUCGGUUACGAUCGGUUCAAACGAUUUAAUCAACAAUUAUUUCACUCCGGUCGUAUCAACCGUUGAACGAAAAGUCAUACCACCAGAAGUUUUCGUUGAUUCAAUGAUCUCAAAAUUCCAAUUACAACUAACCAGAUUGUACCAAUUGUGCGCGAGGAAAAUUGUGGUGGUUAAUGUGGGUCCCGUUGGUUGUAUACCAUUCGAGAGGGAAUCUGAUCUAACGGCUGAGAAUCAAUGUUCGGUGGAACCCAAUGAGGUUGCACAGAUGUACAAUGUCCAGCUUAAAAGAGUCGUAGAUGAUCUAAAUGCUAAUCUAGAAGGUUCUAGAUUCGUCUAUGCUGAUGUUUUUCGCAUCGUUUAUGAUAUUCUCCAAAAUUAUUCAUCUUACGGUUUUGAGAGUGAAAAAAUUCCAUGUUGUACGGUAGUUGGACAAGUAAGUGGGCUUAUUCCAUGUGGUCCAUCUUCCAAAGUAUGUAUAGACCGUUCCAAAUACGUAUUUUGGGAUCCGUACCAUCCAUCGGAAGCUGCCAACAUCAUCAUCGCCCGGCGUCUCCUCUCCGGCGACACCUCCGACAUUUCUCCGAUCAAUAUCCGGCAACUCGCUAACCUUAAGCUUAACAGAUGA